UGGCCGCCUACUCUGUCCCACCCCGCCCUUUGGCUGGUAUCAAAUACUAGACUACCUUUCAUUUCCGGGUCACUGUAGAUGCGAUGGCGCCGAUUCCGAAGACUGUCGGGCGGAUCAAGCUAGACUGCCCUCUACGGCCCAGCUGCCCACUGGAGGUCGCUGCUGUACCCAAACUUUGCAAGGAAUUCGGACCAGAGGAUUACGGCGAAGAGGACAUAGUGGAUUUUCUUCGACGGCUUGUGGAGAGUGAUCCCCAGGGCCUGCACCGGAUCCAUGUGGAUGGGAGCAGCGGGCGGCUGCAGCUGUGGCACCAUGAUUACCUCCUGGGCCACUUGGAUGAUGAAGGGAAAUCAACUGGACAGAGUGACAGGGGCAAGGGGGCUGAGGGACUGGGCACCUACUGUGGUCUCCGCAAGUCCUUCCUGUAUCCUCCCCAAGAGUCUGAGCCCUGCCCUCAAAGCCCCUCUGCCUCUGCCACCUUCCCCAGUGUCUCAGACAGCCUGCUUCAGGUGGCCAUGCCCCAGAAGCUCCUGGUGACAGAAGAGGAAGCCAAUCGCCUGGCUGAGGAGCUGGUGGCUGAGGAGGAGCGCAUGAAACAGAAAGCAGAGAAAAAGCGACUCAAGAAGAAGCGUCAAAAGGAACGGAAGCGACAGGAGCGUUUGGAGCAGUACUGUGGGGAGCCCAAGGCCAGCACUACCUCAGAUGGAGAUGAGAGCCCCCCAUCCAGCCCUGGAAACCCAGUUCAGGGACAGUGUGGUGAAGAAGAGGACUCACUGGAUCUAUCUAGCACUUUUGUGUCUCUGGCUUUGCGCAAGGUUGGGGAUUGGCCCCUCAGUGCCCGCAGAGAGAAGGGACUGAACCAGGAGCCCCAAGGCAGGGGUCUGGCCCUCCAGAAGAUGGGUCAAGAGGAAGAGAGCCCUCCAAGAGAGGAGAGGCCCCAGCAGAGUUCAAAGGUACAGGCAUCUCCGGGACUGCUGGCAGCUGCCUUACAACAGAGCCAGGAACUGGCAAAGUUGGGUACCAGCUUUGCUCAAAAUGGUUUCUACCAUGAGGCCGUGGUCCUCUUCACCCAGGCCUUGAAGCUCAACCCCCAGGACCACCGGUUAUUUGGAAAUCGUUCCUUCUGCCAUGAGAGGUUGGGUCAGCCAGCGUGGGCCCUGGCUGAUGCCCAGGUGGCCCUUACCCUACGGCCUGGCUGGCCCCGGGGCCUCUUCCGCCUGGGCAAGGCCUUGAUGGGACUACAGCGCUUCAGAGAGGCAGCUGCUGUGUUUCAGGAAACUCUGAGAGAUGGGUCCCAGCCUGACGCAGCCCGAGAGCUCCGCUCUUGCCUUCUCCACCUCACACUGGCUCAGUCACCUUUAUAGAGACCAAGAGCAUGGGCUCCUGAGUCGGACAAGCAAACAGCUCAGUCCCUGGGCCACCGCUUACAAACUGUGACCUUGCCAAGUUUCCUCAGGUUUCUGUAAUUCAGUCUCAUCCUUAAAAUGGAAAGAAAAGUCUCUGUCCUGUUGGGUUAUUUUAAGGAUUAAUACCUGCAAAGCACUUGGAACUGCUUAAUAAGUGGUACUGUCUGAAAAUGCCAGAUUCCCUUCUGCCUUCCAGCCUUGUUCACUCUCCAAGGAAUAUUCUCUCUUGGGCCCUCCACCUGCAACUAAGGCCGUAGCUGACCCCCGUUGAACCCAUGGAACUUCCUUGAAAGUGGGGUUGUCACACUUAGGCAGAGGCAGGAGAAAGUCUGAAGAGAGCCGGAGGACUGACGGGAGAGAAGGGAAGCAGGAAAGACACCUGAGCUUGAUCUGAAGAUUGGCUGGGACCACUGGGGAGGGGAAGGCCUGCAACUAUUGAGCGUUCCCCCUCCUCUCCCCUCACACUGCAGGAGGGUGAUUAUCACCAGUGGAAUAAAUGAAUGUCAGAAAUGUCCACUGGCUGAGUUAGGCUGGAAUCCCUACCAGGCAAGGCCACUACUCCAAGCUUCGCCCCAGCAGGCCAAGCCUUUCCACCCUCUGGCUGCUGCCACCAUCCUAGUGGGAAAAUUUCUGGCCUAGGGGCCUGGCAGAGGUCUUCCAGGUAGGGGUGUGGCCUCUCUGGGCACCCGUCUCUUUGCCUGUGUCCCAGCGGAGGGUUCUUUUGGCAGGAUGGGGAAAGGGUCAGGAACCCAUUAACAGGUGGGGAAACAAUGUCAUCACUCUGGGGCCAACCUAGGGAUUAGAAUCAAGGUCUCCCAGGCAGAGAGUAGGUGGGCCAAGGCCCCACUGUCUUUCACUCAGGCCCGGUGACUUCCCCUUGGUAGACUGAUAAGCAUCAGCUCUGAAGGCUGGCUGGAUGCUGGGUCCAAAACCUGACCUCAGGGUUCUGACUUUGUAAAAAUGGUGUAAUUAUUACCUACCUUAAAGGGUUGCUAUAAGGGCUAAAGGAAACAUCGCAUUGAAAGCCCUGGCACAGUGCCAAGUGCGGACUCUCCAUAGCACUUUACAGAUUUUACUGUUUCUUGCUCCUGGCGGGCGUCUGGAUAGAGGCAUGGUGCGGCAGAGUCUCGACUUUAUUCUCAAAUAUUGGGAAAGUAGCCUGGACAACAUAGCGGACCUCCUCUCUAAAAAAAAAAGUUUUUUAAAUUAGCCUGGGGUGGUGCUGCACGCCUGUAAUCCCAGCUAGUCAGGAGGUUGAGGCAGGAGGAUCGCUUGAGCCCAGGAGGUCACGGCUGCAGUGAGCGGUGAUCGCUCCACGGCACUCCAGCCUGGGCGACAGAGCGAGGCCCUGUCUCAGACAACAAAAUAAACUUACAAAAAAACCGGGAAAGGUGAGCGUCUGGACUGUAGGCCGGAAGAGGCCCAAGUGGACCUCCUUCCUCCACCCUGGAACUCUGGCCGGAGGCAGAGCGCGAGGUGAGGAGUCCAGGGCCCCAGAGCCCAGGAUUGGCGGCGGCUUUGUCUUCAAUCGUCCACCUGUAUCUCCUCGUCUGACAGGUGGGGCCGGGAGUCAGGGCCGGCAGGGCCGAGGCAGAGGCCGGGAUCUGGAGCGCCCUCGGGCAGUGCUAAGCUGCACAGGACUUCCGGGGACAACGCGCGUAGCGAGGCGACGUCGGCGCGCAUCUCCUCCACGUCGCGCUUGAGCUUGGCUCGCCGGUUCUGGAACCAAGUGACAACCUGCGUGUUGGCCAGGCCGAGUCGCGUAGCUAGCCCGUCUCGCUCGGACGGCGCCAGGUACUUCUGGAAGACGAAGCGCCGCUCCAGCUCCAGCACCUGUUGCGCGGUGAACGCAGAACAGAGCAACAGGUCGCUCAGUUGGCGACGGUCUGCCCUUUUCCCUUGGCACUGGCGGCCUGCCGGAGCCGCCGCGGAACCUAGGGACUAACGGAGGAGAGGUGAGAAGUCGCAGGUGCGAGUCCUGGCACGUGGGCUGAGGACAGGGGACGGAUUAGGGUGGGUGGCCUGGGCUGGGACAAAGGUUUGAGACGGGGAACCAGGAGGAGAGAGGUGAGGAAAAGGCUAAGUCAGAGUCCGCGACCUUGCCGGCUCUAUACCUUCAGAGGGCUGCAGAGCGCGCGCGUCAAGUCCGCGGAAAGUUUUACUAGUCAGCUCCUCCAGCGCGCACAGCGGCGACGUUGGAUCCGGACCCGACUCUGGAAGCUGCGGCGCAGAGGGUGCUCGGGGGACCAUGCGCGGGGCUAGGAUGUCUGCGAUGCUUAAGAGUGUCCGGGGUGUUCGGGGCUCGCGUCCCGAGUUCAUGGUCGGCCGGGCUGGGGCGGUCCGGCUGUCCGCUGCGCUAGGCUCCGCAACCGCCUGGGCCCCAGCGCUCGGCUCCCAAUCCGGGCCCCCAGCCUCGGACCCGCCCCCGGCUCUGGGCCCGAGUCCCGUGUGCCCCUCCUCCUGCGCCCCCACCUCUCCACCCCGGGCCGCGGUGGAUCUGGAGCUCCUAGAUGUCCGGGGAGGGUAUUUCUACAGGCUGGGGCAGGCGCGGAGAGCAGAAGCCGACCAAACUACCCACCAGAGCAGGGCCACGGGGCUGCUCCGCGCUGCGGGGCGCUGCACCGUGCACAGUCAGGCCGGGCCAUACCUCCAGACGCUGUAUGCCGCCGACUCCCCGCCUAGCCGCCGCUCUGGCUCAUAAACUAGUAGACGAUAAAAUUGCCUUCUCUGGCCCCAGCGGCUGGGGAUUUGCAAAGUUCUGAGGAAGGCUAUCAGGGCUGACUGUGCUGGGAUCUCUGAUCCCAGCUAGGACCUCAGUCUCCUAACCUGGCUCCCUCUUCCCCACCCCACCCCUGAGAAACGUUGUUUCUGGUCCUGACGGCUGGAAGUGAUUAGUGCUGCAUGGGUCGGGGGCGCAACACUUGGGAGGACCUGGCCUGGCGGAGCGACUGCAACUGGGAAUAGUGGGGAUGCCACGAAGAAGCAAGCACAGGUGAAUGGACCCGAGGCUGCCCCACCUGACGAAAUCAGAACACACAGAGAAGCUGCCGGGAGACCGGGGCCGCAGGAGAGAAGACCCAGGGAACUCCCAGCUGGUGCAACUGCCCAGGAGGGGUCUUUGUCAGUGAGGACUGGCAAAAUCAGUCGAUUUUGUCUGUCUUUAUCUUCUUUUUAUUAAGCUCCCAUAGUUCAGGUAUGUAUGGUUUCCCCAGCCUGCAGAGGCUCAGAAACUGCCAAGGGGAGCAAGGUGCCCUGACCAGAGAGGGGUCACUCCCCAUAGAACAGAGACUUGAAGGGCAGACUUCACGGACCCAACUGGAUCUUGGGACAUUCCUGACAACCCAGGUACUAACUGUGAGGCCUGGUAUACUCAUUCCUAUUUAAUCUGGGCCCUUUUUAUCUGCCACACUUAUUCUGGUUCUGGGCUCAUACCUGGGUAAGCACCCACAGCCCUCCUUUGUAGGAAGAAGGCAGCUCAGGGACAGUGGGGCCUCAGCAGUGGAGGCCCAGCAGGGUAUGGGUUUUGUUCCUACAUUCCACCCAAAACAGCUGGAGGAUUCACACCUUAGAGGCAGGGAAGCCCUGCCACUCCUGAGGAGCUUGCUGCUUUGCUGCCCAGGGAAGUCAGAAACUGAUGUGCUUCUAGCUUUUAAAAACAGUGUCAGGAAAAACCAGGCCAGUCCCUCCUGGACUGUCCAUUAUGUCACUUUCCUUGUAGACCCCUGCAUCUCCCACCAUCUGUGCAGUGACCACCUUUCUAUUCCCUGGGGCAACUGCUGCAUGCAAUUGGGGUUCCCUAAACAGGGCUUAGGAGAUCCAAGGCUCCUGGGCCAAAGACUCCUUGACAAAGAUGGGAAGGCACCUUGAUAGGGUCUUCUUGGUAAAGGGCUCACUCCAACAACCCCCCUCCCCCACCCGCAACAUUCACAUAAUGCCCUCCUGGAAAGCUGAGCAACACACUUAAAGCCUGAUGGGCCACUGCUGGAUCAAAGAGCAGAGCCAGGCCAUGGUGGAAAGCUGAGCUGCCUCAGGACCUUGUUAAAUGGUUAUUAAUGGUGAGGGGCAGGGGAGGGCCUGGAGAGAUCUUCGGGCUACAGGCCUCAGCCCUGGAAACCAUCCUAGUGGUUUCACUUAAUGUGCAAUAAAGCAGCUCUCUGGAGGCAGCAGGAACUGCCCCACUGCAUCCCAGGCAUGUCACCAAGCAGAUGCUGCAACCUUCACUCAUGCAUCCUCUAUGUGGCUUUUGUGUCUGUCUCUACCUCUGCUCUCAAUUACUUGCGUGUGUCUGUGAGGAGUGUGGAGCUCUGCUGAUGGGCCUGUGCCUCGCAGCCGCUUCCAUCUUUCCCGCCUAGUUCUCCCCUCUGCAGCUGGGCUCAGGUACUGGGAUUGGACAGCUCCUAAACUUGAGUUUGGGGGAGGAGAUGGAAGUGGAGACUAGCAAAGGGAGGAGGCCCAGGACAGCAGAGGCCCCUCUAAGGUCGUCAAAGCGGCCAGGGACUAGUCCAGGGGAUCGUGGGGCCACAGAAGGGGACUUUUCUCAGUACUGGAACUCGAGCUGGGGCGAAAUCGGAUCCACAGAGAGGGGUAGGAGGGUGAGUGAUUAAUGAGGAAGAUUAAGAGAUUAAAACUUGUUCUGGGUUGGGGAGGGGACACUCACUCGGCUGUCCUAUAGGUUACCCCCCACCCCAGCUUGGAAGCACAGAAGCUCCUGGGUGCUCGCCUCUUCCCACCCGCGGGUAGAACCCUCCCUGUUCACGAUCCUUCUCAAGACAUGCACGGAGGCCAGCCUUCACCGCUGGCCCCGCGGGGCCAACGGUUUUCCUUUUCAGGCAGUCUCUUGUGUUUCCCACCUUCUCAGAUUCCUUUGAUUGUCCAUUCAGACAUUUCGGGGCCCUGCGCUCCCUCCCCUUGUAGAGAUCCCCACAUUCCAAAUUCGCUGUCUUGGGAAGGCACCCCAUUCCCGCUUAAGGAUGCUUCCUCACACCUCCCCUUUCAGAUUUCCCAUUCUCACCCCUCAGCCCUACCCCCACCUUAUCUUGCACCCACACACCCCAUCGGCGGGUUCCUCCACCCCGGGCCGCCCCCGCUCGACCCCGUUCCCCACUGGUGGCACGGAGGCCUGCUCAAUAAACGACCUUUAGUCUCGGAUUGCCUGGCCCGGACAUUCCACUGAAUUCUGUGAAUGUGUAGCAGGGUUGGAGGACCCUCGGAAUAACCCCCUUGGGGAGGUGGACAAGGACAAUCUCAGCGAAGAGCUUGCUCCCCUCCUCCCCACCCUUAGGAAACGUCCGUGAACUGGAGUGAGAGGGAAGUGGGAGUUCAGGGAGGAAAGUCCAGGCGGAGGAACGUGAGGCGGGGCUUCCGUCCGUCCCGCACACUUCUGGGAUUGUUUUCUCUUUCAGAAAGCGCUACUGCGGAGUGAACCGAUCCUUAUAUCUUAGUUUCGUGACUUUGGGGGCGGCAGGCCUGUGAGUUGUUUUCCGCCCUGGACGCUGUUUUGCAAAGAUCUCUGCGCGCCCACCGCCACCCUCCCGGGCGUGCGGGUCGGGAAGCAGCCAGCGGUGGGAAACUCCGACGCCCUCCUCGACACUUAUCUCCCCCCAACUCCCCAAGACUCACUUCUAGGGAAGUUCUUUUUCCCAUCAAGCCCUGGGAAAGACUGGCCAGGCUGAGAGAGGGACCCGUCCUCCUCUGUGCCAAAGGCGGGAGCAAAUCCUGGUGCUGUCGCCUUUGGAUGUGAGUCCUGGAAAUGGCGGGGGUGAGGAAGGUGGGCAGGGGCAAGGUUUGGCCCUCAGGCGAGAACCGACGCCUUGUCCCGGAAGCGCAGCACGGCCGAGUGCGUCCGGGGGUGCAGACGGCGCCCUGGGGUGGUCCUGCCGCCACCUCUCCUUUGACUCAGGAGCGCCGCGCCGCGUCCGGGCGCGUUCUCAGUCGCGCGAAGCCAGAGAGGACCCUGGGCGUGAUCCUCCCUCCCUGGCACAGACGGAGACCCGAGUGACCCCGGGGUCCGGGUGGGCGUGGGGAAUGGACCCAUAGACCCGGGACGAGCGGCGCGGAGCCCGCAGCUGGCCAGCUUCAGCCACCUUGGGAGACGCAGUGCAGCUGCCGCUGCUGACAGACAAGACCAAGGCUCGGCUGGGCCCCACCCCAGAUCCGGCCUGAGCGCCUUCCGCGCUGCUCGGCCUCAAGGCGUGAGUCACCAAGGGCAAGUCCCGUGACUUGGUCCUCAGGGUCUCCGGCCUCGGCACAUUAAUCUUCAGACCCGGCUUUUUCGACGCCGAGCUGCCGCCCAGCCCCAGUGGCAGGGCCUUCCAGGGAGACCCAGUCAGACUGCUCCCCAGCUCCCGCAGCUGCUCGGUCCCUGCAAAGCCCCCGGGAGCGUUUCUACUCUCCCCUGAGCCCACGCCAUCCCGUCACUCCUAGGAAACUUUCCGCGCAGAAACUCCUGGAGAACAGCCCCGGCCGCCAGGUACUCGCCCGGACCGCAAAGCCCACAGAACUUCAAUUCGCAGGAAGGGGAGUGGGGAGCCCUGAGCUGGGGUGUUCCUGGAAGAGGUCGGGGAGCGGGGGGAGAGGCAUUCCAGGCUGGAGGCCUGGAAACGUUUGGAAGCUUUGCUAACCUUGGAGACCAUGUCAGGAAAGAAGCGUACCCAGGCCGUCUGCGGUGUGCCCACCCGGAUCCCCAUCAGUGCCCCACGCACUCGAGCUCUUCCUCGGCGUCUGCAGCCUCUUCAUCCGCGCGGAGAGGCGGAGGUUUCCCGGAAACAGAGUCCGAUUGUGGCACCCCAGAGCGUCCAAUGCGAGCUCAGGCCUUUCCCGCAAGUCUGGAGUUUUCUUAUCCAGUUGAGGCCGCCUUCGCUGUACUCACUCCCUGCCUCCCACCCCAUCUUCUGCCACCCGACCUCCAUCUUUGAUGGUUAGCGCCUUCAGCCCUCAACAGCUUUGCACAACCAACCCCUAGAAGCCGUGGAGUCAGACCGGCCAGGGUGGGAUCUAGGUUUUAACUCGGGUUCUGGCUACACACACUGCGCCUCCAUACAGUUUGUCCCAGAUUUGGCAGCAGGCCGGCUACCUUCAGGAACUCUUUGCUUUGGCUUCUGUCUGUUCCUGUUGGGCAAGUUUCUAGCUACCCCACUGAGAGAACCAUAGAACAAGGACCCUGGCAUGGCAUACAGACAAGGAAUGUUUGCUGAAUUAAUGGAGCUGGUGCCUUGCAGCUUCCCUUUUGUUCCUUGAAGUUGCCCUUGCUCUCCUCCACAUCAGCUCCCUCUCCUCCUCAGCUACUUAUUCCCCACCCUGGCUUCUUCUAGUCUCAGUCCCCAAGUACUUGCUGAAUCCUGUAUGGACAGCCUAAGCCUCCAUUUCUGACAAUUCCUGUGGCCCCACUCCAUUUGUUUUUUAGACUUCUCCCUCCUUUUUGUCCCCAUCCCCCAAGUUAUAAAACUAUAAUGCAAUUCUUUGGAUUUUUCUUUAAAAAAUCACACUUGUUCAAUCCUGCAGCAGCCACUGUCCAACUCUAGCCGUCUCACCACCGUUGAAUUAGGAAACCUCCUAACAGGCCCGCACCCGCACUGUAUGCUGCAGCAUACAAAGACAGCUGAGAGCUCCCCUCCAGGAAACCUUCCCAUCACCAAAAACAGUAGUGUGGGAGGCCUGGUUUCACACAUACAGGGAUCCUCUACCCUUCUCCUUUGGCAAGACAUUGAGGGCCCAUGGCCAUAGAGGACAGGCCCUUCUUCACAAUGAAACUCAGAGGAUUUUUGAAGAAGGCAGGACACGGCAUGAGUGUGAGGCAGGAAGAAUAAGGCAGAAGAGAGGUGCUUUUUAAAAGUUUUUAUUUCAAAAAAUAAAGCUGCAGUUCAUUUCACAUAAAUAUCUGGGGAGGGAAGGGGAGUGGGAUGGGGUGGGGGCUUGGCCCCUACCUCCUCUUCUCUUUCACACUGUAUUGUAAAAGCAAAGGGGAUGGCUAAGGAGAGAAUGAGGAAGUACUAGUCAGUGGGGAGUGUUCUUAUAUUAUUCAAAGGGCCCCUCAGCCCACCCUUCCCCUGAGGACUGUAGGAUGGUUGGGGGGAGUCUGAAGGGGGUGUGAUGCCAGGGAGGGUGGCCUGGCUUACCUUGCCGAACCAGCGGGAGAGCCAUAUCUGCUUCAUUGUCAUGUGAUCAGGGAGAACUUCAUUGUCAAAAAGGAGCUGCACCUAGGAGGGAGAUGAGGGCAUAAUUUUAGGAACUUUCUGGCAGGUCAAAAACUACCCUGGUCCACGCUAGACUCUGUCCCUCCUUUCUUAGCCCCUUCUCCCCCUCAAGAAACCUACUGUGGGACUACUCACAUGCUGAGGGUUUAGCAUCAAGCGGUGACACAGGACCCUCCGGAGAUGGCGUACCUCAGCUCUAACAGAACAUCGGACAUACUUGUUCUGGGAGCAGGGAGGGGAGGGAAGAGGGCAAGGUGUGUGAGGGAAGGACCAUGGGAGGUGAGUCUCCUUAGAGAGGCCCUCCCCUCAGCCCUUCUCACCUGCAGGACACUUUUAUUCUUGUCUUUGCCAGAACUGGGGGGAAAUAGACACAGGUUAGGGAACCCUAUCUUUCCUCCUCUCCCCCACCCAGAGCCAUGAUAUACUCUCUUCAAGGGGAUAGGCACUCACUCACUGCUCGGCCUCUCCCCUAGACCCUCCCUGGCUCUGGGUCAUUGGCACUGUCACCUCCUGCAACCCCUGACCUUCUCCUCACCUCAGCCGCUCCAGGCACAGGUUCAGCUGCUCAUCAUAGCGAUAGUAGUGGGCUUUAGAGUGGUCAAAGCUGCUGAAGGGGAGGCCGAGGUUGCUCAGUGCUGGCUCUGAGAAAGAUAGGGUAGUGAGGUGGCUGGUGGCACACAUUCCAUACUCCUCUUUCCCCAGAGAGCAAAACUGGGCAAGAAGAAUGCUCUGGGGGCUUUACUGUCCCGCGGCCAAGGACAUACCUUCCCCAGUGGGCUGGGUGACCCGGUCCAAACCUCGGGACUGGUAGAAUUCCCGAAUCCGUUUCUCUUCACCUAGAAGAAGGUGAAGUAUGAGAAUAAAGUAUUAGCCCUUCGGGGCCGGGCGCGGUGGCUCACGCCUGUAAUCCCAGCACUUUGGGAGGCAGAGGUGGGCAGAUCAUGAAGUCAGGAGAUUGAGACCAUCCUGGCUAACAUGGUGAAACCCCGUCUCUACUAAAAAAUACAAAAAAUUAGCUGGGCAUGGUGGUGGGCGCCUGUAGUCCCAGCUACUCAGGAGGCUGAGGCAGGAGAAUGGCAUGAAUCCAGGAGGUGGAGCUUGCAGUGAGCUGAGAUUGCGCCACUGCACUCCAGCCUGGGCAAGACUCCGUCUCAAAAAAAGAAAAAAAAGAAUAAAGUAUUAGCCCUUCCUCACUUUUUGUCCUUCCCUCAUCUUUGGCCUUCUGCCUACGUGAGUCCUACCAAACCCCUGUCACCUCAAGCUGCCAGUCAGCAAUUAGUUCUCAAGAGGCCCCUCACAGUCAGGUUGGUGACUCACUGUCUUGCAAGCCAGGCACCAGCUUAUACACGAUGUCCUGCAUGACCCGGUCCAGUUUGAGGUUGAGCAGUGGCUGUGUCUCGUGGAUCUUAAUGUUGCACAUGGGGCAGUACUUGCUAGUUUGGAGGUACUUCACAAUACAACUCUUGCAGACUGCAGGAAAAGAAAAGCAGAUUCUCAGGCCCUCUGGAAACUGGAUUCAUGGGCUGGGUGGGGUGCCUGGAUGCGUGAGGCAGGCCGCACAGAAAGCUGGCAGUCAGCUUGGUGAAGACUAGGGACUGGAAGAACUAGCAGUCUCCAAGGCACUCACAAGUAUGAAGACACUCUGUGAUGGUGGUGGCAUCCACGAAGUAGCCGGCGCAUAGGCAGCAAACAAUGUGUUCAUUCAAGUCUUUGAUCUUCACUCGAACCUCCUCCUGAAGAUACACCCUCCGUCACCAAUCAUCCACCCUCAAACCCCAACCCGUGCGCCUUCCCACCUUGGGGGUCGCCUCCUUCAUCACACUAGACGGCCAAGCCCCGCGCCCUGCGCCAUCAGCCGGUGAUUAGCUCCUGGGGGCUGGCACUCCCCCUCCGCCCAGCAGAGGGCUCCGCGCACAGCGGGGGCUUCCCUCACGUGGACUCGCCUGACCCUCCUUUCCCAGGGGAGACUACACAACGUUGGCGACACAAUGCGCAGGCGUCCUAACCGGAGUUUGGCAACCCGAUCGCAACCACGCAGGCGCACUGGGCACUCUGUCUCUGCGCAGGCGCACUGGGCGCCCGGCCAGCCACCGCCCGUCCUUUAGCCCGCCCCAAUUCGCACCGCUGGCCGACCACAGCAGUAACCCUGCCGCCCUUGCACCUCGUUCCGUAGCGGGUCCAUCUUGUACACUGACUGGAGCUGGUUCCGAAGCCUCAUCGCGAUCGCAAUCUGGCCCCCCUGAGGAGACGCCAUCUUAAAGGCUGAUCCCAGCCGGCCACUUCCGGUGCCGCCUGCAGGGCGGGACUUGUCUCCCAGCAACGAGGUUCUAGGUCUUUUCGGAUUCGCUCACCCUCUGUAAGGCCCCGCCCACGUCCCUUUCUCCCCGUGUGCUCACCUGAGCCCCACCGGCCCCUCCCCUGCUCAAUCCGUAAUUAAGGAGUGGGGGGGGGAGCAUAGGGAAGGGUCCUAUCUCUUCAACUUCCUGUAGAAAUCAUCAUAAUAGGCCCUACGUGACCUCAAGACUAACUUUUGGAGCCUGCGAAAGACUGCCCCCUCCUACCCCCAAAGGCCUGGCAGUCUGUGCCCGCUACCCGCUCAGGGUCGUCGGUCUUCUGUGACGACGACCCUGCUGAAGAAGCCCCUCCUGGGUCCUCUCCUCGUAAUGCCGCCCUGUCGGCGUCCGCGUAGCGGAGCUUCGUCCAGAUGGCGGGCCUUCUCCCGGCUUCACGGAGGGAGUUUCUCGGGCUUUGCAGAGUCUCGGAGAGGGUGCCGGGGGAUGGGGAGUGAGAGACCCCCAGGGACUUGGAAGUGAUCUUAUUCCCCCAUUCUCCCCCUGCUGCCGGGGAUGGGGGGGGGCAGGCCCUGGUUAAUGAUGAUGAUUUAAUCAUCGGCGCCUGCGGAGGCCUGGGACAGACUAAUGCAGAGCAGAUGCCGAAGGAGGAGGGGAGGACGACUAGGACACUGCCACACACAGACAGGCUUAGGCAGCGAGCGCCUGUAGUAGCAUAGGCCCAGUCCCGCACUUGGGGACUACGCGGGGUGCUCGCUUGAGAGCUCUACACCGCCGGCCCUGGGUACUUAAAAAGGGAUAAAUUUGCUAUGAGGUAUUAACAUCAAAUGCAACUGGAGAUACGAGAAGGGAGAGAUUCCAAUGGAGACCUCAAAAAAGGCUUUCUGGAGAAAGUGGGACUUUGGGCACAAUUUAGACUUGGGGGAGGGGGUGGAAGUGUGGUGAAAUAGAAAGGACGUGGAGGGGAAUGACCAGAGGACAGAAAGGUCAAGAUAUAGAUUUGAGAGUGGUAAUAGAAAAAGCAGGGCCAUAAAGAGUUGCGAUUUUUAGCCUGAGGGCAAUUGGGAGCUAGCGGACUUUUUUGAAGGGAGGUUAUCCUGUGAAAGCGACAUUUUUGUUCAUUUCUCUUCAGAGUGAAUUGAAGUGAAUAUGCAGCAAGAAGUUAUGAGAUUAGUGAUUAAUCAAUUAUUCAUUACAGCCCCUGUUUACCUACUUCCCUGGUCCGAGCCACUAUCAUCUGUCCUCUGUAGUGGCCUCUUGACUGUUUUCCGUGAGUCCCCCUUCGCCUGUUCUCAACAUCAGAGUUCAGUGCUAUGUUUCUCAGAGCUAGUGAUUCUGAUAAAACAUGAAACACAAAGGACAAAGGACAAUUUUUGAGAUGUGGAUAUGUUUAUUAUUUUUAUGGUGAUGAUGGUAUCAUGGGUAUAUACAUAUGUCAAAACUUAUCAAAUUGUACACUUCAAAUAUCUGCAGUUUAUAUGUCCAUUAUACUUCAAGAAAGCUAUUAAAAAUAAAGUUGAAAAA